AUGCCCUCACCAAGUGACCCAAAUCUUUCUAUUAUCAUAAAUCCCAGCGCAAAGAAGCAUGAACAUGCGACCGAAGAGCACGUUUUGAACACCACACAUCCACGGUCCCUCGACAAGUUGAACGAGGUCGAUCACACAGUCUCAGAAAUGGGUCACAACCACGAAGCCAAUGUUGAGGACGUGGUGGCUCAUGUCCAUUCCGACGAUGACAACUCAGAUAACGAUAAUGAGGCGAACCAGGACGUACAAGUCCAUAACGAUUCGUCCAAAAAUAACUCUUCAGACAACCACGAUGACACGGAUGGGACGUUGGAUGCACAUUCCUCCGGCGGUGAAAGGACUCUCUACUACGAAACUAUAGAGGACAUGUGUGGUACCGUAGAAGGACGCAUCUACCGUUUGUUCGACGCCAGCUUCAGCCGAAACAUCCCUGCUUACAAUCCGUAUGAGUGGUUGAAUUUUAUGAAACAUAAAGUCUCAUACGUGAUCAAGCGACCCGUAACUUUGCCACCCAGAGACCAUGGCCAUUGGGUGGCUAGAAGGGUCUACAUAGAAGAACACAAAGAGCUUUGUGGCAUGUAUAUUGUCAAACACAACUUAGAAUGGACUCAGAACGGCAGAGCCCACUGUUUCGAGCGUCUUCAAUGUCAUCGCUUUGCUGCCAUGAUGUUGCCAGCUUUUCGCCAAUCUAUUUGCAUCCACAAAGACAGAAAAGAACACAAGCGCGGAACGCCCAACGAUAUGCACCGGGCUAUGUAUUCAGAAUCACAGGGGUUGAAGCUUCCAGCAAUGUCGGUCAUGCAGACUCUAGCUCAUCUAUUCAACAUCGACGAUAAUCCGCGAUGGGUAAUUUGCGAGGCCAAAUCCGACGCAAUCACCUCUCACCGAUUCAUUGAGGAGGAUAACUUUCAAAACUUUCCUCAGGCAAAGAUGACUUGGACAGAGCUUAUAUUCGCUUGGGUUCAUUAUACUUACAAGGUAACUGGGAGACGCACACUAUUUACCAGUCUCGAAUGUAAUGAAGAGGGCCAUAUAACGAAUAUAGUUAUGGCUACAAAAGGGAAUCCACCACACUGCAACGACAGCGCGGAAAUGCUAGCAAAAAUCAACCGUGCCUUCAUCAAGUUUUCUGAACAACACGAUUGCAAUAAAAUAUGUGAACAUUUAUGUCUCACCAAGUUUAAAAGGAACCAAGGAAGCGGAGGCAAGCAAGUCGCGGUUAUACAAUGCAUGUUGUACGUUAUUGAUCGCGCGGAUGUCUUCCCGUUAUCUCCAAACGGAUAUCAAACGGUAAAAUGUUACAAUUUAGGUAACUUUGUUUAUACAUAA